AUGAUCCUGAUAGCUUGUUUUAACUUCCUGGAUAGGGUUUUGUACGAUGGGACCGUGAAACACAUGGCGGUAGUUGGAGGGUUUGAUAUUUUGGCAGAGAGAUACGCACUCGAUAGUGCUCAGUGUAUAAAAAAAACUCUGCAAAGAAUCAUACGUGUAUGGAACGAUCUGCCAGCAGAAGUGGUCUCCUCAACGUCACAUGCCAUCUUCAAGAAUCGCCUACUGGCUGUUGACUUAUCUACUGUUAUAACCGUGCUACCGAACGCACUAGAUUCUAGCUUCAACUACGAGAAGAACUACAGAAACGAAGCCUUGUCACAAAGUGGCAACAAAGAAGUACUAGUUGCACGUCUGAGAGAAGCUCUCAUUGACGAAGGUAAGAACCCAGACGAAUUCAAGUUUGAUGGUGCUGACGAAGACAAUGAAAUUAGCACAGGCACGUUUACAACCGCCAAAAUGAUGGAACUUCUGCUUAGUAUGUCAACUGAAAUAAAACAGAUCAAAGAACAGUCCGAACGACAGUCCGAACGACAGACAGAGGAUUUAAAACAGAUCAAAGAACAGUCUGAACGACAGUCCGAACGACAGACAGAGGAGUUAAAACAACAGAUCAAAGAACAGUCCGAACGACAGACAGAGGAGUUAAAACAGAUCAAGGACCAGCUAAAACACACCGUUGAGGUAGAUCACAAGAUAGACAAAUUGAAGCGAGAAUUGGAGCAAUCCAAAAAAAUGGCCAUGCCGUUAGAUCCCGCAUCUGGAAGAACUUUGAAGGUACCAGCAUUUGACGGAGAGAUGUCCUGGAACGUUUAUAAAACCCAGUUCGAAGCAGCGGCAACUAGUGACUGUUGGAACGGAAAAGAACGAGCAACAGCACUGAUACUGGCCCUGCGAGGUUCAGCAGCAGAGGUUCUUCAGACGAUUCCGGCGGAGAACCACUUCAACUAUGAAGUUCUGGUUAGCGCGUUGGAUUUACGUUAUGGUGAAGAACACAUGAAGCAGAUUUAUCGGUCUCAACUUAGAAACAGAACGCAACGAUCUGGUGAAUCCAUUCAGCAGCUGGCACAAGAUAUCGAACGGUUGACAUUGCUGUCGUAUCCAACAUCAGACCCCGAGCAUAGAGACGAAACUGCCCUGGAUACGUUUAUCAAAGCCCUUCGUGAUUCGGAACUCAAGCAAUCCCUUCUCUUGUCAGAUAAACGAAAACUCAAGGAUGCCGUUGCGCACAGUCUCACUUUUGAAUCGGCAAAGCAAGCAUCAAAAAGUGACGUACGUCUACGCCAAGUACAUGAAGAAUGCUCUUGCCAGAAGGUGAUUGUGAAACGCGAACCCCAACAGCAUGGUGUACCCCAAUGCUGGAUUUGUGGCGAAAAAGGCCAUCUACGUCGUGAUUGUAAACACCGCCUAAAAGAUAACUACUGCCGAAAUUGCGCGACAAGAUGGCGCAAAAUAAGAGAAGAUGAUCCCGUAUCACAAUCGGCCCCUUCUAACGAAGGGGCGGAAAACUAA